AUGAAAAAUAAAAUGUCGCCUUCGGUGUCCCCUCGCUUUUUUUCUGAAAAGGAGGUAGCCAAACACUGCACUAAGGAUUCGUGCUGGGUGUUGUUAGGGACGCGCGUGUACGAUGUGACCGGGUUCCUUCGAAUGCACCCGGGCGGAGAGGCGCUCAUCCUCCGCCGCUCUGGAAAGGACAUCAGCGGGGAGAUCGAAGGACCCCCACACCGGCACUCGGAGAACGCCCGGAGGUGGAUGGAGCAGUACUACAUCGGUGAACUCGACAGAGACAGCACAGAUGAAGAUACGGAGACUCUGAGACAGAGGAAGAAGAUCCCAGAAAGCACCACAGAAGAAGAAGAAGAAACCUCAGCCAUCAAUAAAUGCAGCAAAGUCGACGAAGAAACGGAUCUGGUGGACUGGCGGAAGCCACUGGCCUGGCAGGUCGGAUACCUCGGAGAGAAAUAUGACACAUGGGUUCAUCAGCCAGUGGACAGACCAAUCAGACUGUUCGGGAAUGACUUUUUCGAGGCCAACACAAAGACUUCAUGGUACAUGGUGCCAAUUGUGUGGAUGCCUUUGGUUAUCUAUCUGAGCUGGUACUGCUAUGCGCUAUUGGCACAAGAGAGGACAAGACUGUUUAUUACAUCAGACUACUCCAUUCUGGUCCACAAGUACAGCUUUCCAUUCAUCUUCAUGCUUGGCAUGUUUCUGUGGUCGUUCAUCGAAUACUGCAUCCAUCGCUUCGUCUUCCACAUGCGCCCACCCGCCCACAAUUAUUACCUCAUCACGCUGCACUUCCUGUUGCACGGUCAGCACCACAAGUCUCCGUUCGACGGCUCUCGUCUGGUGUUUCCUCCAAGUCUGGCUGCCAUCGUCGUUGGCGCGUUUUACCUGAUACUCAUGCAGCUGAUGUCUGAGGGUUUGGGAACCUCCCUGUUCGUUGGGGGUCUGUGUGGAUAUGUGGUCUACGACAUGAUCCACUACUACCUGCACUACGGCUCGCCACGGAAAGGCUCUUACUUGUAUGGGCUGAAAGCGUACCACGUCAAACACCACUUUGAACAUCAGAGAGCAGGUUUCGGAAUCACAACCACAUUCUGGGACCACCCCUUCAACACAGUCAUCCCAGAGCAGACGUUUUAGAAGAUCCCUUUUUAGCCACAAUGACCAAAUCAAAAUGCCCCCAACAAACUCCCAUAAGCCUCUCCCUUCUGCAUUCUCCUUCUGUCACCAUGUUAGAUACAGUGUCUUACCCUGCUGCUGCUACCAGCUAUAGUCUUAGGUUCUUCAUCAUCAUCAUCAUCAUCAUCAUCAUCAUCAGUUUUCUGAGAAGGGGGAGUGCCUGAAUCACCGAAUGUCAAGCUAUAUAAAUAUUUAUAUACUGUGUAUGAAUGUACUGACGAAUCAAGCGUUGGAUGAAAUCUGUAAAUGUCUUUUAUUAGAGGCACCACAAUAUCAAACUCAGUUUUUGCCCAUCCAUGUAAUGUUAGGAGAGGUAUAGACAGAGCCUGGUAAGUGUGGGACGGUGUGUGAAGGUGCGAGUGGAAAUUAAUUCAUAGUUGUAGUGUUAAGACGCUGAAGGCUAGCAGAAGGAGGUCCUUAAGGUGGCCACGUGAACCAUUGCCAUUAAGGAAAUCUCAGGAAAGUCUCAGACGCUUUAAUUCUUCUCAGUGUUGAUGUUGCAACCGCUUACAGAUCAUCGCUGUCUGUCAAAACUUUGCUCCGCCCUCGUUAUGACGUUUCAUGCUGCUCAUUUUAACCCUGUAGGCUCUGGUGAUCUUGCUUUUCUGUUUCGUCUCACUCACUUUGAGGUGUUUUUUGCCAAUUGACUUACUAAUAUCGUGAUCCGGAGGACGCCACAAGCUGCUCCUUGAGUAAUAUGUUACAUAUCCAGUGAGAUAUUAAGUUAUUGAGGAUUGAAGCUGGCUUUUGGUUCUCCUGACUAACACACGGGGACGAUUACGCACUUUGAACUGGUGGUGAGGGCAUGAAGCGGGGUGCACGAGCCUCUCCUGUCGGUGAGGGUUGCCUGUCAUAGGGUGGAGGGUCUAUAGAAAUCCUCUGUCGUCGUUGUAGAUCUAGCCGGCGCAACCAUUCCAUCUGGUGUGACGAUCUGUUGCAUCUGACCAGGCGUCAGGAGAGCGAGAACAUCCUCGGCUGAUCUCUCAUCCGUUCAUACGGCAGAUUUUGAACACUUUUGUAUUGUUUCCCUGCUCGUUUUAACCCCUGCCUUUGUCUUGACACUGUUUAAUGAUGUUGGAAUUCUGGGAAAUUCCCAGAAAAAAAGCUGUUGCCACAUUUAACUCAUCUUCAUGCAGUCAUUUUGAGCGUAAUUAAGGUUUCAGUGGUGGUACAUUCAUCAAUUUCCUAAUUUUUUUGUAAGAAGCCACCGUAUCCUGGUUUGUUCUUGAAUAUAUAUAUAAAUAUAUCUAUAUAUAUAUAGAAAUAAAGAUUAAAUAUAUAUAAAUGAUAUAUUUAAGGAAAAUGAUCCCGAUGUGCCUUCCCUACUUUUCUGUUCCUUCUUAACCAAUUAGAUUGCAUAAUUGGUUGAACGUUUCAGCCAAAGUCAUGGAAGGACGUUUGAAUAGGUUUUUUUUUUUUUCUUCAUACCAUGAUUGAAUGGCACAACGAAACUAAUAAAAUGCAAAUGGACAUUGUAAUGAAUUUUGAUUUAUUUUGUAACUGUGACGCCCUCCUGAGCUUACAUGGACAGAUUCCAUGUCAUAGGAGAAUGCUUUCAGUUGAAGCAAGUCAACAGAGAUGUAUAUUUAUCUGUUUACUUGUAAUCACUAUGGGAGCUUUUAAUUCAGACAAAAAUUUUUAGCUACAGAUGCCUCUAAUAAAUCUGUUUACUACUAUGUAUUUUUAUUUUGGAUUUUUAAAUUUCUAUGCAAAUGCAAAUGUAUUUGUAAAUAAACUUAUGUAUAUUUCUGAGGAAA